AUGUCCUCCGGCCUGCAGCGCCGCCGCGUCACCGCCGCCGCAGCAGCCUCUUCGUCCCCCUCGUCCGCGUCCGCAGCCGCCGCGGGCCAGACAAACGGGCCUAACUCGGACCCCGACGAGCCCUCAUACCACUCAGAGACGUUUUCGUCCGAGAAUGGCCACAAAAUCGCCUUUGAUCCGCGGGAUUUGGAGGAGGGCGACGAGCGCGCGAAGCAGCCCCGUCUCACGCUCAUGGAGGAGAUCCUGCUCAUGGGUUUGAAGGAUAAGCAGGGCUACCUCUCCUUCUGGAACGACAACAUCUCCUACGCCCUCCGAGGCUGCAUCGUUCUCGAACUCGCCUUCCGCGGCCGAAUCAGCAUGCAGCGUGACCCUUCCCGCAGACGUCUUCCCCUAUGCGACCGCCCGAUCGAAGUCAUCGACGACCGCCUCACCGGCGAAGUUCUUCUCGACGAAGCCCUCAAGCUCAUGAAGACUUCCGAAAAGAUGUCGGUCGCGGCCUGGAUCGACCUCAUGUCGGGCGAGACCUGGAACCUGAUGAAGAUCGGCUACCAGCUCAAGCAGGUCCGCGAACGGCUCGCCAAGGGGCUCGUCGACAAGGGCAUCCUGCGCACCGAAAAACGAAACUUCCUCCUCUUCGACAUGGCCACCCACCCUGUCUCCGACACCGGCGCGAAGGACGAGAUCCGCCGUCGCACAAUCAACGUCCUCACCGCCCGAACCGUCGUCCUGCCCGCGACCGCGCUCGUGCCCGAAGAAGUGCCGUUCCGGUACCUGCGCGCGGUGACAAUGGUCUGCGCGGCCUACGCGGCCAACGUGCUCGAGAACGCGCUGUCAAGUCUCGGCCACGACGCGCGCGACCGCGCGUUCGGCCGCGUCGACGAGUUGCUGGGCGAUUACUCACAGUGGCCGUUUGCGGCCAAACCGGGCGCGCCUACCGGUGGAGUCGGCGUCAAUCUUGCGCAGGAGAUCUCGGACGAGCUCAAUGCAAACAAAGACAAGGAGCUGCAAGUCGAGGUCGUUGCUGCUGCACUCAACGUAUUCACGAGAUUAGAUUCGAUCUUAUAG